GACCUUUGACACUUUAAAAGUGACAGGUGCACUUCCGGGAAAAACAGCAGACAACAAGCUUCCAAAAUACUGGAGUAAAAAUCGCUAAAACUUUGCUCCUGACGACAUCUUAUCCAAACUAAGAAGUUAAGGACGUCCAUAAGUCACCAAGACACUUCAGGGCUUAAUGAAGCUCCAUAAAUCUGAAAUCAGGUCACAUCUCCAGCUGACCAAUCCCGAUCCCCAUCUCAUCUAGGCUGCAUCCACCAAUGAGGAGGCUGGAGACAGAUGGAUUUGAGCUGGUUAUCCUCCCUUCUGUCUUUUGAUUGACAGUCAAGGUGAAUGUAGGAAGAGGCGUCCGGCUGCAAUAUGGUUCUCGAGUCUCUUGUGGCCGGUUUGCUAAACACCUAUCUGGGAAAAUACAUCGAGGACUUGGAUACCACCAAUCUUGGAAUCAGUCUUUUCGGAGGUGAUGUUGAAUUGAAAGACCUCCAACUCCGGCCAGAGGCUUUGUAUGAACUAGAGCUGCCUUUGGAGGUGAAGGCUGGAUAUGUAGAGAAACUGUCAGUGGAGAUUCCCUGGACCAGUCUCUAUACCUCUCCUGUUAAAGCCAGUUUGGAGGGAGUGUAUGUGGUAGCUGGGCCAGUGACAGACAGGAAAUAUGAUGCUAAGAAAGAAAAGAGGCUGCUGGAUGCUGUCAAGAGGAAGAAGCUACAGGAGCUGGACACGCCCCAAAACAGCCCCGCCCAACCAGAUGAUGAAGAGGAAAAGAGGAAAGAGCAGACAUUCACAGAAAAACUGACAGCGACAAUCCUGAACAACUUACAGCUGACAAUCAAGAAGAUUCACAUCAGAUAUGAGGAUAAGGUGUCCAACCCAUCCUCUCCAUUUGCCCUUGGAGUGACCUUGAGGAGCUUCAGUGGGCAGUCCGUUAACUCCAGAUGGGAACCUUUCCAGGUGGACUCACGGGCGACGCAAAUGUUCAAGCUCAUCAAACUAGAAGAUCUUGCAGUAUACUGGAACACAGGGUGUAAGAAACUUGUUAGUGACUACCUGACUAUGGACUUGUGGAAGGACCUAAUGGAGGAAUGUCUGGACACCUGUCGCAUCAUGAAGCAGGAUUUGGACUUUGUUGUCAGGCCGAUCUCAGCCGUCACCAAGAUAGCCUUCGACAAGAGCCAGGUCGUCGACCUGGACAAGCCACGCCUGUGGACUGACCUGGCAGUGCAAGAGAUCAUGGUGUCGCUGUCAAGACAACAGUUUAAGAGUAUCAUAUGUCUGGUGGAGUCCUUCAAACUCAUGGCAGUGAACAGACUGUACAGGAAGUACCACCCAAACCUUCAGGUCAAGGGGAAUGCCAAAGAUUGGUGGCACUAUGCUUACAAUGCCACAGUCCAUGAACACAUCCGACCAUACUCCUGGGAUAGUAUCAAAGCUUACAGACAAAAGUUCAAGAGGUACCAGGUUCUGUACAAGGAGAAGCUGGAAGAAUCGGAAGAUGUGGCUGCCAUCUCAGGGGUUCUUGAGGAGUUAGAGUCAGACCUGAAUCUCACCAGCAUCCUUGUAGCAAGACAGCAGGCGAAACUACAGUUUGUUAAAAAAGAGAAAGAGCCGCCCAAGAAGACAAAACCCUCAGGAGGAGGAGGUUGGUUUUGGGGCUGGUUUUCCGAGAGCAUGGAAGAAGAAGAGGUGGAAGAGAGAGAGUCAGAUUUCCUCUCCAAGCUGACAGAGGAGGAGAAAAAGAAGUUGUAUGAAGGAAUUGGUUACAGUGAAGAUGAUGUUCUACCUGACAAACCAAAGGAGUAUGUUGAAAACAGAUUCAACUUCUCCUUAAAGAGCUGCUGUUUCAAACUCAGGAACCAUGGGAUGGAUCUUGUGAAUUCCAAACUGGAGGAGGUCUUUGCCAUGUUUGAACAGAGGCCUUCAGCAGAAGCCUUUAGGUUCAGCCUGUCAACAGAAAAUCUGAUAGCGGAAGGUGUAAAACAGGAUGAUAACAGUGCGACCAUCAUCGUCAAACCUGACAUAGCAUACAAAGCUGAAGCUCCCCAUGACAAAGAGCAGAAGCAAGUUCAUUUUGCAGACAUGAAGGAGGAUCUCAUUCAGUACUUACGAGAAGCGAGUGUUAUUCGCACAUGGGAGCCUAAAGAUUUGGGUCCAGAUGAGAAGCUGUUCAGUGCAGAGGUUGAGAUGAACCCUCUGUACACCACAGCAGACUCUGCACUGAGAGUGGCCGUACAGCCAGUCAAGAUACUGUAUGAUGCUGUGACGGUUGCAGAAACUGUACAUUUCUUCUCCAUGCCAGACAGCAGCUUUGAAGAGUUAAAGAACGCAGCCAACAGACAGUUGGCAAAGCUGGCUAAAGUUGGCCGGCUCAGUGUUCAACAUGCCAUUGAAAAACACAAGACGUUGAAUGUGAAUAUCAACCUGAAGGCACCAUACAUCAUUAUUCCAGAGGGUGGAAGCUUCUCAAGUGACAGUCGCCUGCUGAUGGCUGAUCUGGGCAGCCUACAGAUCAACAGUGACCUCCAGCCAGAUGAUGUGGUACUGCAGGGUGCCACCAUGAGUGAGCUGGUCCAACGCCUUUAUGACCGGUUCAACAUUGACAUCAGCAACAUUCAACUACUCUUCCUAAAACCAGGUGUUGAUAUAGAGGAGGCUCGUCAGGAGGAGGACUCUCCACACCAUUUGCUUCCUAAAAUGGGUCUCCAGCUGUCCCUGUACAACAGUAUCAAUCCUCAGUACACUGCACAACCACGGCACAAAAUGGAAGCCUUGCUGCCAUCUUUGAAGCUGAACAUCUCAGAGACCAACAUCUUUGCUCUGCUCCAGUUCCUGAACACCUUCCCAUCACUGGCGGAUUCAGUACUUAGUGUGGAUGAAGUCGAUUCCUCAGAUGUCCCCACCAGCAUGCCUGUGAUGGACUAUCGUGAGGUAAAAACGGGACUACUGUGA